UCUCUCACUUUUUGCCCGUCUCUGGCUCUCAGAAUCUGACUCUCUGACCCAUUGGAGGUUCACCAUUUCCUUCCCCGGGGCCUUUUACAGAUGAGGAACUGAUGGUUAAGUACUUUCCCAGGGUGCUCCCCCUGCUCUCGGGUGCCCCCUUGUGCCCACUCCUGGUGUGGCAGGAGUCCUUCCCUGCCCUUCUUUCCCGAGAAGGGGGCCCACUGCGUGUCUGCACCCUUGGGCCACGGCCCGUGCUCUGGCAGCCCCCGGCUCCCCUCGGUCCGGCAGCUCGGCGGGGCCUGCAGAGGCCUUUCUUUGCCAUGCCCCCGUGUCCACAUUUCCCAGCCGGGGCUCAGAGAGGGUGGGAUCCUCACUCAGUGUAACAGCUCCUGAGCGCUGGCCGGGACUCCCACCCAAGUUUCCCAGUUCCCCAGAACAUGGCUCUUUUCUGUUCCUUCUCCUUGGGGAAAAGUCUGUUUUAAGACUUGAAGAUUUCUGCUAAUUGGAAGGGAAAUGGCGGCACGUCACAUACUUGAUAAAAUGGCCCGCGUUGCUGCCCAGCUGCCUGCCGCCCCUAAAGCCCGUGAUGGUGAUAGUGUGGCCCGCCGUCCUGGCCGGUGUAGACUCUGCCUUUCGGGCUCGUCUUGGAAAGGGAGGGAGGAAGAGGAGGCCUCGCGGGCCCGGGGGACCCCCUCUCACCCCACCCCUAAGGAUGCUCAAAGCUGGCUGGGCCGUGAAACCCAAGGAUUGGCCGGGAUUCUGGGGUGGCGAUUCUGGGCCGCGGGCGGCCAGUCACCUCCCAGCUCUGGCUUGGCGUGGCCGUCGCUGCCGGGCCGGCCACUACCUCCUCACACCGCGCUCUGGCUCAUCCUGACCCAGAGGAACCAGGCACCGGGUGGGGUGUCCAGUCCGGACCCCCCACGCCCGCCCCCACUGUGUGGGAAGGACAGGACUCACUGGUCCAGAAGGGAUUAACUACCCUGCCCUCUAGCGGCCUGCCCGGCUCACUAUGGACCUUGCCCACAUGGCUGGCAAGCUCUGGGCAUGUGUAGAACCCCAGAUUUCAGUCUGUAGUGAGAGUCGGGUGCAUGAGCCUGGCCUGUGGGAAGCGCCUCGUCGGUCUUUGCUCAUUGAGACCAGGGAAGGAGUCUAAGCUUCCACAGAGCGUCGAGCGUGGGUCGGCACCUUGCUGAGUGCUGGGGAUCUCCCAGAGAGCUUGGGCCCAAAGGGCGACGUGCAAACAGAGCGGGCUGUGUACGGGAUCCCUAGGAGACGAUUCGCAGAGGGAGGCCUUCUCUGACUUGUUCCCUCUGCGAAUUACUUCCCUCUCCUUUGGUCACAUGCUCCCUCUGCCCUCUGAGUCCCCCGGGUGCUCCCUCUGUCUCUGUGUCCCCCAGGUGCUCCCUCUGGCUGGGGGUUGCCCUGGCAGGAUCUCCCAGCAGAACGAAGUGCUCACGGUAGCCUGCCCCAUGCCGAGCCUUCGUGGGUGCAGCUUCCUCUGCCCCCCGCCAUUCCCUCAUGAGGGAGGGGGACAAGGGUGCCCAUUACCCCGAGCCCGCCCACUUCAGCUCCAAGGGUCAGAAACACAGCCGGCCGCAGAUUCUGCACCUUGUCAGUCAGUGCCCCCAGAGGCGGCCAGGGCCUGGAGGACAGGGUGGGGAAGCCUCCUCUGCCCUUCUGGAGCGGGCUGGGCUGAGCCCGAAGGCUGGUCACCGCCAUGCCCUCCUCCAUUUCCACCCGCCACAUGCCCGCCCCGCCUGUGUGACCCGGCCACCGCCCAUCUCUGUGCAGGUGUAUGCCCACGCGGGGGCCACCCUAGACGGGAAGAUGUACAUCACCUGCGGCCGGCGAGGCGAGGACUACCUGAAGGAGCUGCACCGCUAUGACCCGGACGCCAACUGCUGGGAGGCGCUGGCCGACGGCCCCGUCCGGCGCGCCUGGCACGGCAUGGCAACCCUGCUGGGCAAGCUCUACGUGAUCGGCGGCAGCAACAAUGACUCAGGCUACCGGAGAGACGUCCACCAGGUGGUGUACUACAGCCCGAGCACCAGGCAGUGGACGGCAGUCUGCCCCCUGCCCGCCGGGCACGGGGAGCCGGGGAUCGCCGUCCUCGACAAUAAGAUCUACGUCUUGGGGGGCCGCUCCCACAACCGAGGCAGCCGCAUGAGCUAUGUCCACGUCUAUGACGUGGAGAAGGACUGCUGGGAGGAGGGGCCACAGCUGGAGAACGCCAUCUCGGGCCUGGCGGCCUGCGUGCUCACCCUGCCCAGGUCGCUGCUCACAGACCCGGCCCGGCGCACCCCCAGCUGGCACCCCGAGCGGGGCCAGCGGGACCCUGAUCUGGCCUCGGAGGUGAUGAGCGUGUCUGACUGGGAGGAGUUCGACAACUCCAGCGAGGACUGAGCCUGGGGAGGGAUCCCCUCCGGGAUUUUAGGAGAGAUGGCAGGGCCUCGGAAAGGGAGAACUGGAUGCCCCACUCCGGCCCGCACCUCUGCAGGGCUCCCGCCAACGGCACGGCCACGGCACUCCAACCAGCCGGCCCCGCGAGCUCUUUGAGAAAGCGCCCCGGACUAAGGGCAAGGUGUACAAGGGAAGGGUUUUUUAAAAAGAGAUUUUAAACUUUGUAACCAGAGCUUCCUCUUGCCUGUGGCUGCCAGGCUCGUGGGCAGGCUGGCGGCCUCGGGCUCAGUCACGGUCUCCGGGCAGCAGAGGCUCCGGACGGGGCGGUCAGGCGCAAUCGGCAGAGCCGGGGGCCCCUUGGCCUCCUGAGGACGAGUGCUCUGACCCCGAGGGGCGGGGACCAGCAUGCCCCAAGGCCCAGAGUGGGCCUCCGGAGGCAGGAGGGUUAGAACCAGUUCGGAAGAGGGAAAGGGCAUGGAUUGCUGGGGGGCUUUUUCAAACCAUUCAGUUCACCGAUGAAAUAAUAAAAUUGUCUAGGAGGCCUUUAUUGCAUUCCUAGGA